AUGGACCAGUUUGAACUAUCCGAUCGAGACAGUAGCAUCGCUACUGUCCAGCCUCUGCUGGAAACCCCACGGCAGCUUUCAGCUUGUCCAUCUGAUCCCGAGAUACAAGGCGAGGAGACUGGUGGGAGAAUUCCUCUUCAGAUUCCGGGUUCCUCUUUCGUUUGUCGGUGGGGGUUCGAGAUUUCAGCUUUGGUCCUGAGCUUUAUAUCUUUCAGUGCCCUGGCAUAUAUUUUUGUCGCAUCUGACGGCAAACCGCUAUCAGAAUGGACAAUGCGACAUGUUACGAUCAACACCAUUAUCUCCAUCCUCGCAGGGGUUUCGAAGGCCUGUCUUGCAUUUGCGAUUAAUAUAUGCCUUUCACAAAUAAAAUGGAAUUGGUACAACAAAUCUUCACAGCCACUUGUCGAUUUUGAUCGACUGGAUGCUUCCAGUCGAGGUGCUUGGGGCAGCUUGCGUGUGUUGAAGUCGUGCAUACGGCGGCCAAACUGGGCUGCUUUAGGGGCUCUUGCGACCAUUGCAUUACUCGCUUUCGAACCGUUUACCCAAGCUAUUCUAGCCUUCGAGGAUAAACAAGUCAUCUUGAACUCCGAGGAGUACGCUGAACUGGCCCAAAAGAAUAAUCAGUCGCUUAGUUCUGCUCCCACCAUUGGUAGAUCCGUUCGACUCAAUGCAGGGUCUUGGAUUGGGUUCAGGGGAGGUGAGAAUAGCUUGCAAUCUGUGCCUAUUGGCCCGAGCAAUAGCACAAUUUACUAUUCAUCGGACUUGGGGAUAUACAAUAUCCAAAAUGAUAUGGGAUUGAAAGCAGCUCUAUGGGCCGGUUUUUCACCUCUAACUUCGUCACAGAAUCUCAAACCUGCUUUUACAUGUCUCUCCGGUAAUUGCUCUUGGACAGAUUUUGCAUCUGUUGCAGUCUGCCACAAGUGUCACGACAUCUCUCAAUACAUCGUUAAGUCGACGGGAGUUGACAUAUUACCUGGGAUUGCUAUGCCGCCUGCAACAUGGUUAUCCGGAACUCCUCCUGAUAUCAGCAACCCGUGGCCUGCAGCCAACGCGAACUAUGCGGGUCAGCGCCUGACACACACAAAAUACAAGGUCACAGCAAUGAAUUUUAGUUUAUCUAACUAUGAUGGAAAAGCAAAUUGCAAAUCUACGAACGACAAUUGUCCGGAUACCUAUCUUACUUCAAGAAUGACAACGAACCCGGGACAGACCCUGAACUUCCGACAUCUCAACACAUUGAUCAUGGCUAUACAAUACCUCAGAUCAAAUGAAAGCUGGACUGAGGGUAGAACGCUAUGGGAAGAAACAAAAAUAUCCUCCCAAGAAUGUGCGUUGUUCUUCUGUGUGAAUGAGUAUCGUGAUGUGCUAUCACAAGGCUCUUUGCACGAAUCCGUCGUCGCUUCAUUUGUCAACAGAACUCCAGGAUCCUACGAGUCAGUAGACAAUGAAAAGAAUGUGGACAUAUUCUUCAAAUACACCAACUACAGUCUCGAUAUGGGCAACGCAUUGGUAAACUUGUCAGAUCUUCAGAUACGAAUACCUGACGAAUACUUCCAUACGUCAAACCUUUCAACACAGGUAUUUAACAUCACACAAACCACCAUCGUUUCACUUCUAAAGAAUCUAAAAGAGGGUUUUUGGGCCGAUGACACCAUUUAUCAGUCCACGCCUCUAAGGGUGCUUAUUUACCCAGCACUUGGGGCUGAGGGACCUUUUGGCUUGAUAGCUGGGCUUGGAGAGUCAGCUCAUAUACCCUCAACAAUUGAGAAUGUAGCACUGAGCUUGACUAAAUGGAUAAGGGAUCGAGACCUGGACCAUCCAGUCAAAGGAAUAUCCACAGUCAACGCCAUAAUCAUAAGCAUCCGCUGGCAUUUCUUUGUUUUUCCUAUUAUCAACUUUUUAGCGGGCAUAGUCUUCACUGUUCUAUGUAUAUGGGAAACGCAGCGCUCGGGCAGGCCAGCUUGGAAGGAUAGUAUUCUAGCAACGCUCUCCUGUGCACCAGAUGGGGAUUUAAGAAACACACUUAGGGAAGCAGGGGCAACUGACAAGUUACAGGACCUCAGUCGGAAGUUGAUGGUCACUUGGCAUGAGGACGAGGGUAUCGGGCAUCUGAAAGAGAAGUCAGAAUAA